UUCAAAGUCGAUCAGUGAGCAAAGAUUCGGACCAAUUGGUUGUCAUCGUGAUCUGCAAAUCCCCGAUACCUCGAAUUUUAACUUGAUGCCUCCUACGCAAUAUCUCGCAAUCUAAAUCAGCUAUCGGGCGGAUUAUCUCCUAUUUAUUGCAGAAGAUACAGCCGGUACCAUCACACUCCUUCAAUUCACCCUAAAAUAUGAAGCGCGUAGUGCUUUCCAGUCAAGAGGAUGGCACUCAGAGCAACUCGUCGACAUCACCAUCAUCACCACCGCCAGUAGAAAACACUCGGAUGCAACGCACAGUACGGCAGCAGAAGCAGUCUCUUCCACCCGAACUGAUGGAGAUCCUUGUCCCUUCCCUCAAGGUCGGUGCAGCUGCUGGUGCAUGUGGUCUGUUCGCCGGGGCGGUGGCCGGAAUUGUCCGGUCUGCACCUACAGUCUUCUUCUCUGUCAUUGCGGGAGGACAGUGGUUUACCUUGGCUACCAGCUACUCUGCGACCCGCUUGGUUAGCCUGAAGCAUUUUGCAGAAGAUGAGCCUACUCCAGGAGAUAAACUGAAGGCAAGCACCGUGGCAGGCGGUGUUGCUGGAACCCUCGGCGGCCUGUUGCGUGGCCCGCGGAAUGUCAUUCCAGGCGCUUUGAUGUUCUCAUUGUUCGGAGCGGGAGGUCAAGCCAUCGCCAACUGGCGAAGUGCUAAGGCUGCCCUCUCGAGUGCCACAAAUACACCACCCAAGUCCGGCCGCGGGUUCUGGUCAAAAUGGAGCCCAAUCACUCCACUGUCUGACGAGGACUACGAAAAGAUACUCGAGGAAAAGCUCCUCCGAGUGGAAGCCGACAUUGCAUUGGUAGACGACCGUAUCAAGGAGAUACGCGAAUCCAAAAGCCAGAAAGCCAAGGACGAGGCACCCGGAAGUGAGAAACCCAGCUCGGCACCGUCAAGCAAAGCUUGACGGAAGGUAAGAGCCGAGGUUGUUGAUAGGUUAGCCAUCGGGAAUUCUGUACAGCAUAGUGUAGGAUAAUACUGCAUGUGAAACCAUGAACCGCCAUCCUCGGGUUGCGGCGGCGAUGCUGC